AUGGUAAGUGAAGUGAACCAAGGAACUAUCAAUGAAGCAUCCAUGGAAGAGGAUAUGUCACAUGAAAUUCUCCUACAAUCUCUUCGUGAGGACGUCGGGAAUGAUGAAAGUGAUAUUAUACAAAGAUCCAUAAAUAAUGCAUCCAUUUCUGACUUCCUUGAGCAGCAAAAUGCUUUACAAGAUGCCUUAACGACCCAAGAGGAAGUUUUGAGCUUCAUUAUGAGGGGAAGUCGUUGGUGUAGUCCACUUCUUUUCUUUGACAAUUCUGAUAAACUUUCACAUAACCCUACAUUAAGGAAGAGAAACAGAAAACCGGAUGCGAAGCCAAGAGGUGUCAACAAGUGCAAGAAAGUAGCAAAUCUUAAAGACGGGGAAAAGUUGGAGGUUGAGUUUUAUAUGAAUGGUGCAGUUGGUGAUAACCAUAAAGAUUUGACAAGGCACAUGGGAAAACUUGUUCGAGAUCGUACUAUAUGUCCAGUAAGAGUGCAUACAUGGGAUGAGAUUGAUAAUAGUGCAAAGGAGCAUAUGUGGCAAUCCGUUUUGAACAAGUUUGUUGGUAAAGGCUUUGAUUUGGAUCGUAAAACAACUAUUGACCAUCUGAAAAGGUUAUGGCAAAAUUGGAGAGGAAUUUUGAAUCAAAACUCAAUUAUUCGGAAAGGUGGUCUGGAAAAUGCAUUGAAUGAAACGCCUAAUGAUUUAACACCUGCUGAUUGGAAAUGGUUGGUGGAGGAACAUUUUUCAAGUGAAGCCUUUAAGAAGUUGAGUUCUAGAAACUCUGGCAAUCGAGGCAACUUAACAAUGCUACAUCACACUGGAAGCACACCUUUUAGACAAGUUAUUUGGGAAGAGAUGGGUGGAAAGGAAGGAAAAGAUCUGCCUCCGAUAUCUGCUGUUUUUAAGAAAACCAGAGAGGGAAAGUCCGGCAAUUUAAAAGAAAAUGAUGCUACCAAAUUGGAUGAGAUAGUAAGUGUCGAAAAGGAGAACCCUUCUCUUUCACAAUUUGAAGUUGUUGAAAAAUGCUUUGGGCCACAAGAUCGUGGUGGUGUGGUUUGUUUUGGCUUUGGAAUAAGACCCAAAGAUGUACGAGGACCUUUACCUACUGGAGCAAUGAGAAACAAAAAGAAAAUGAUGAUCUUCGAAAACACAUGGAUGAAAUGGAAAAAGUUCGUCAAGAAGAUCUUGAGAAGAUGA